AUGAGGUCCAUUGAACCUUUGUGCCGUUGGAGAAUCAUCCCUCUGGCUUUGACCAUGGCAGUGGUAUCUAUGAGCAGAGCCUCUGAGUAUGAAUACCUGAGCUGGAAAUCGGACUUGUACAAUGGUGGCCGCAGCUAUGGCAAGCCUCCUCAGUGUGUGGAUAUCCCAGAGGACCUGAGGCUGUGCCACAAUGUGGGCUACAACCAGAUGCUGCUGCCUAACCUACUGGAGCAUGAGACUAUGGCUGAGGUGAAGCAGCAGGCGGGCAGCUGGGUGCCCCUGGUACAUAAGAGCUGCCACCCGGGUACCCAGGUGUUCCUCUGCUCCCUGUUUGCCCCAGUGUGCCUGGAGCGUCCCAUAUACCCCUGCCGCUGGCUGUGUGAGGCUGUACGGGACGGCUGCACCCCUAUCAUGGAGUCCUUCGGCUUCCCCUGGCCUGAGAUGCUCACCUGUGACAAGUUUCCCCAGGAUGACGUGUGCAUUGCCAUGACUGCACCCAACGCCACUGAAGCUACCAUGCCCACAGGUAAGGCUAUACCUACCUACAUACCUAGCUACCUACCUACCUACCUACCAGCAGGCAUCAUGCCUGUCAUAUAUAUAUAAUAAUAAUAAUAAUAAUAUGCCAUUUAGCAGACGCUUUUAUCCAAAGCGACUUACAGUCAUGCGUGCAUACAUUUUUGUGUAUGGGUGGUCCCGGGGAUCGAACCCACUACCUUGGCGUUACAAGCGCCGUGCUCUACCAGCUGAGCUACAGAGGAUUUAUAAGAUCUCUCAGCCUGGUACCAGAACUGAAACUGAGCUAUUGCUUGACAUAAUGCUUAAAUAACUGAGGCGUUGGCUAGGAGUUUGUAAGCUGUAUUGUUCAAUUGACAUUACAUUCUUCACUUGGAAGCAGUUUUUAUUAUGAUUUAUUUUCUAUUUGAUAAACAUUUUAAUGCAUUUUGUGGAUAAAACAUGAUCAUCUGGAAUAAUUGUGGAAUACAAAAACUAUUGUGAACACCAACAUAUUAUGCGAUAGUGCAGGCUCAACACAUUAUGCUAUAGGGCAGGCUAUACAGAGCUGCGGUACUUGACUGAGAUAACACUCAGUCACUGCUUUGAUAUAGUGUGAGAAUCAACACCCAUGCAGUUCUACAGGCAGCAGAAUGUUGUUUCAGGGGUUAAAGUCUGUUUGUUGAUCUCAAACCUCAUGCUCAUUUGCAACCUUUUGGGGUCAUUUUCCCCAUGACUGCUUAGAUUAUUUCUAGAUCAGAUUAUCUCAAAGAAUAUAAGAGCGUUAGUUCAGAGCAAUAACUAGGCUUCUCUGUCUUUACCAAGAGAGAACCUCUCUUUCGAGCAAAUGUUAAGUUGCUCGCUAUUGACAAAGAAGUGAUAUUGUAAUAUUGUAAUAGUCCUUUAACAGAUGGUAGCAAUUUAUUUCAAGGUGUUUGUUGAAUACUGUGAGCCAGUCCAGCCACAGAACUAAUAGAUUUAUUAAUGACCAUUUUAUAUUGAGCUCUCAACAACUGACCUCUUCAUUUAGAACCCCCCAAAAGUCGCACAGGGCAAUUCCACUGUAAUAGAGUGAUGCUGAGACUUCAAUGUUUCACUUUAUAAUGUAUGUUAAACAAAAAACAAUGAUUGCAAAGUUAAACAAACCUAGGGACUACUUUUAACAAUUUCCACAGAACAUUUUACAAAAACUAAUUUAUGGCCUAAACUCACCAAAGGGGAGUGUGUCAUUUAUUCUAGAAUGCACUGUUUUGAAUUAUAAUGACCCAACCGAAGCCGGGCAGGCCGGCGGGCGGGUUGUCCGCUUUGACGUCUCGCUCAAUUAGAACUUGUCUCUAUUUUUGCACAGUAGUCACACAAAACAAUAAACAGUAUGUCAUUAUUAACUUUUUUCUUUGCUCAUUCGAAUUUGAAGAGGUAUCUAAGGGUUGCGGCUUUACCAUACAUGCUAAAUUAGACCAAUUGAUCCAUUUAUGGAAACACAACAUUGCUAUAAUCAAAGAUGAUUGGAGAUAUGGACUAUCCUUCUAGCAUAAAGUCACUGCUCUGCCUGUCCCGACCUUUCCAACCGCCUCGCUCUGCUUGCUCUGCCCGCCCGCUUCUGGUGAAGAACAGUGCAGAUGCAAAGCUUGGUAACAGAAUGACGGUUUGUGCUGUUUGUGCCGUCAUUCUGUUACCAAGAAUCUGCACUGUUCUUCAAGUAAAUGUGUUUUUGUUAAAUAUUCAGUGGAAAUUAUUAAAGUAGUCCUUGUGCAUAGAGUUGUAUGGAUUGUUUAACUUUGCAGUCAUUGGUUUUUGUUUGACACACAUUUUAAAGUGAAGAAUCUGAGUCUCAGCAUCACUUUGUUAAAACCUCUUAAGGAUCGGACCCUUUUUUUCAAUUUUCGCCUAAAAUGACACCCAAAUCUAACUGCCUGUAGCUCAGAACCUGAAGCAAGGAUAUGCAUAUUAUUGAUGCCAUUUGAAAGGAAACACUUUGAAGGUUGUGGAAAUGUUAAAUUAAUGUAGGCAUAUAUAACACAUUAGAUCUGGUAAAAGAUAAUACAAACAAAAAAACAUGCAUUUUCUAUUUAUUAUUUUGUUCCAUCAUCUUUGAAACGCAAGGCCACAAUAUAAUAUUGCAGUUUAGACGCAAUUUAGAUUCUGGCCACUAGAUGGCAGCAGUGUGUGUGCAAAGUUUCAGAUUGAUCCAGUGAAGCAUUGCAAUACUGGACUAUUUUGUAUCAAGUCUGGUAAUGUAAGUUUACACACUCCCAGGAAUGUCAUACAUGAUAGAUCAUUAGCUUAUACACUAACUUUCAAACAUCUAGAUGGCCGGGCGGGGUGGGUGUGGAGCCAGAGACAGCAGGGGUUCAAACUGUAGAACCCAGUUCCUUCAUUUGAAUAUAAAAAUUGAUUUUAUCAAACAAAACCAUGCUACAUUUUAUCUCUGGGACCCUUAGGAUGACAAAUCAGAGCAAGAUUACUCAAUGUAAGUACAUUAUUUACCUUCAGAGGUGAAUGUAUCAUACCAGUUGCCGUGAUAAGAUUUUUGUUGUUGUGCACUCUCCUCAAACAAUAGCAUGGUAUUUUUUUCACUGUAAUAGCUACUGUAAAUUGGACAGUGCAGUUAGACUAACACGAAUGUAAGCUUUCUGUCCAUAUAAGACAUGUCUAUGUCCUGGAAAGUUUGCUGUUACUUACAACAGUCAUGCUAAUCACAUUAGCUCAUGUUAGCUCAACCAUCCAGUAUAGGGACACCGAUCCCGUAGAGGUUAACGUUGGAAUUGCACUAUAGCUUAAUUUGAAUAGCAGAUACAGUGGUAUAUGUAAGAGUGAAUACCAGAGGGACAACGAUGAGAGAUUAAAAAAAAAUACCCAGGCCAUGUCAAUUCUACUGAUGUAAUAAACUGUGUUUCAAGACUACAGUGAACUCCAAAAGACCUCAGGCCCUUGCUGCCUGUCUGUCUAGGGCUCUGAUCAAAAGUAGUACACUAUAAAGGGAAAAGGGUGCUAUUUGGGAUGCAGACUCAGUUUUUGGACUGAGUUAUGGUCAAAAGGACUUGAACUACCAACAGCUUGGUGGUAACAAUGAUUUAGACAUGUUUUGUAAACAAACAAAAAAAUAAAAAAUUCAACAGAAAUCAAUGGUGCAGAAGGCCUUUCACAAUCAAAGUUUUGUCUAAAAUUCUUGUUCCUGCCAUGGGUUGUAGUAUGUUAUCGCCAUGCCAGUGUCCCUUUGCAGGAACUAGUAGAAUGUAUCUUGGAGCAAGUUGGAAAGGCUGCUCUGCUCUUUAACUAGACAGGUCCCAGAGAAGAGGAAGUACAACCACCUCAUCCAGAUUUGCUCAUAAAUUAAAAGGGACUUUCCAUCAUCAACCUCCUUACGUUUUGAUCUACAUUGUAUAACGUGUCCUGCACAACAGUGUUAGCUUAGUGUUAAAACAUUUUGCUCCUUUCUGAACAUAAAUGACUCUGUCUUACAGCAAAUUGAUAUGGUGACUGGUGACUUAACAGUCCAGCACCGAUGAAGAGGUCUUUCUCACUCCAUGGUGCUGCAGUUACAUGGCACUUACUGUAUAUCUGAGGUAGUCCCUCUGUAACUGGGACGUGUUGGGUCGAGGGGGGGGGCAGCAUGGUGGUGUGUGUGGAGUCAACAUGGUGCUGUUUGGGCAGGAGCCCAGCAGCCUGAGAAAAGUCUCCUCUUGGAGCUUUGGGACCACACAGAGAUCAACAAGGUGUGCCACAAAUGGCACCGUAUUCCCUAUAGAGUGCACUACUUUUGACCAGGGUCCAUAGGGCCCAUAGGGCUCUAGUCAAAAGUAGUGCACUACAUAGGGAAUAAGGUGCCAUUUGGAACGCAAGCCCUUACGUUGACAACUUUUUGCAAAUCCAAUUAGUUUUCCAUGUUUAUUCAACAUUUAUAUUUUGGGUUGAAAUGAUGUGGAAACAACAUUGAUUCAACCAGUUUUUGCCCAGUGGGUCAUGUAUUUUGAUAAAGUUAUUUAAAGAGCCUUCAUUGUUUUAAAUCAUAAUUUCAAAACAUUCAAAAACGUUCAAAUGGAACUUGGCUCCUGUAAUUGAAAAUAAAUAUGGAACUCUGAGUGGAAGAGUUUCCAGCUUCAGUCAGUCAUCUCUCCGUCUGCACAGUCAGUGCAUAGUUUGGGAAUCUGUUCUGACAGUGAUUAAUAAGGCCUAAUCUUCCUUAAAAGUCUCAAGUAGCAGUGAAUGUGUAUGUGUGUGUAUCUGCAUGUGUGCGUGCAUGUGCGUUAGAGCUGUGACAGUCAUGGAAUUUUGGAUGAUGGUAAUUGGCCAGCCAAAUGACCGCAGUCUCCGUAAUAACCGUUAGAAUAGCACACGUACAUUUUCUCCUCUCCCCUGCAUGUGCUGCCAUAGAAAUAUAAUUAAUAUAAAGGGGCGUCCACAUUCAAGUCAGUGAUGGCAUAAUGGGUGGACUGGCGGCCAUUGCGAGUGUACCCAUAGGAGCAAAGCAGGAAGUAAAAGCAGGAAGUGUACCCAUGAAUACAGUAUGUGCUGUGAUUUGUUGAUUAAACUCAACUGACAUUACAAAAAAUACAUUCCAUUGCAUGAGCCACAUCAGUUAACAUAAUUUGAAUGAACAUUCCACAUUACCAUGUAAAUCAUUGCAAAUCACAAUACCAGUCUUCAGUCAGCUGUUGUUCCAAAAAAAGAAAAAAAGGAUUGAUGCCGGUUAAUUUAUUUUCAUGACGGCGGUCUUCAUCCAUAACCGUCAGUUACACGGUUAUAUGGUAAUUGUGACGGCCCUAGUGUGUGUGAGUGUGUGCAUUCAGAUAAACGUACAGCAAAGACAGCAUGCCUGCAGGACAGAUUGAUUGUGAUUGUGUCAAGUUAGCCCAGAGACCCAAAGAGAUCAAAACCAAUCACCCCAUUUACAGUGGAAUGAUGCUUAGUUCGACUAUAGUGUUUGACUGCUGAUAUCCACUGUCAUUUUGUAAAUCUAGCAGAUAACAAGAAACUUUGUUUACUGGAGGCCAUAAUUAUAGCCUGCUAUAAAGGCCCAGGACAUUCCAAACUGAGGUCCGGUCAGUCAGAUCAUUGACCGUUUGAUCAAUAAGGGUUUUACUGUCAAACGAGAACAAGCUUCACCCAAGUUCGAAUAGAUACUUUAAAAAAACGAAACACACCAAAGCAACUGACGACCGAGUGUACUCAGCAUCUCUGACCAAAAUGUCGGCUGUCAUCUUCACAUAGGUGUUUACAUAAGAUUUUGUCUGCAAGAGUGAUGUGAAGCACAGGCAGAUAGAUAGUUGGUAAGACAGUGUUAAUACCAUGGGAAAUGAGCUAAUGUUGAAGUAAGUAGAGGUGUGAACAAUGCUAGGGUCUGUUGGAGGUUCAGUUGUAUUGCCUGACAGCUGUUUGAAUGGUGAUUUCAGGGAGAGAAAAAUACAUCUACUUGUUUAGGAUUGCAAAAUCCAGGUAACUUUCCCAAAUUCCUAGAUAUGAUAGAAAUCCUGGUUGGAGGAUACCAGAUUUCCUGCUUAUCCUUUCACUCUUGUUCAAUUUUUUCAGAGCUAUGUUACCUGGUGGAUUAUUGUGUCAGUGCUACAUCUCUUACCCUCUAAAUAGACUGUCUCUCCUCCCUCCCUUUCACAGGUUAUUCCCCCAUAUGUCCUCCAUGUGACAACGAAAUGAAAACAGACAUAAUUCUAGAGCACAUGUGUGCCAGCGAGUUUGGUAAGCAUCUCCUAACCCUAACACUACCAUUUACAUACCGAAGACACACAUACACACACGCACACACGUUUUGUCAAGACAUGUUUUCCUAUGGGCUACCAUACCUGUGGAUCAUGUUUGCCAACACCACAGGAUAGUAGCCUAUACACGUGGAACCACAUACAGUAAGCUACAGCAGUAUGUUUAUCCUUACAGCACUGGAAUAUAUGCCCCAGACAGACCACCUAAUGAUCCCUUCCUCCCAACCACCUUAGGUCUACAAAGUACAUAGUAAGAUAUUUACAUAAACAAGCUUAGAGAAGUUAAAGUGACACUCUUGCCAUUAGGGCUCCCGAGUGGCGCAGCGGUCUAAGGCACUGCAUCUCAGUGCUUGAGGUGUCACUACAGACUCCCUGGUUCGAUUCCAGGCUGUAUCCCAACCGGCCGUGAUUGGGAGUCCCAUAGGGCAGCGCACAAUUGGCCCAGCGUCGUCCGGGUUUGGCCGGUGUAGGCCGUCAUUGUAAAUAAUAAUAAUAAUAAUAAUAAUAAUAUGCCAUUUAGCAGACGCUUUUAUCCAAAGCGACUUACAGUCAUGCGUGCAUACAUUUUUGUGUAUGGGUGGUCCCGGGGAUCGAACCCACUACCUUGGCGUUACAAGCGCCGUGCUCUACCAGUUGAGCUACAGAGGACCACGAAUUUGAUCUUAACUGACUUGCCUAGUUAAAUAAAGGUGUAAAUAAAUUAGGUUUUCUUACUUACAUGCAUUCCCGACUCUUGCCAUUCUGGUUACAGUAAUGAGCUUGGUGCUUUAUCCCAGCUAUAGAUGAUGGCCCAUUGCACUGCACAGUCAUCUCUUUGUAUGAUAUUAAAAGGGAGGUCUUUAGUGGGGUUAAUCAGUCUAUUGGAAACAAAAGGACUCUGAAAAGAAAAGCAAGUUAAUGUAGAUAAACAGUAAGACAAACAGAAAAGAGACCCAAAGAGAGGUCUAAGUCACUGCAUCGCAGUGCUAGCUGUGCCACUAGAGAUCCUGGUUCGAAUCCAGGCUCUGUCGUAGCCGGCCGCGACCGGGAGACCCAUGGGGCGGCGCACAAUUGGCCCAGCAUCGUCCAGGGUAGGGGAGGGAAUGGCCGGCAGGGAUGUAGCUCAGUUGGUAGAGCAUGGCGUUUGCAACGCCAGGGUUGUGGGUUCGAUUCCCACGGGGGGGCAGUAUGAAAAAAAAUAAAAAAUAAAAAAAUAAUGUAUGCACUCACUAACUGUAAGUCGCUCUGGAUAAGAGCGUCUGCUAAAUGACUAAAAUGAAAUGAAAAAAUGAAAAAGGGAUCAGUUUGACAAUAAAUCUCAUAGAGGCUCAUGGAUUUAGUUCCAGCUGACUGUAGAUUUACAAGGUGAAGAAAGAACCAACUUACUUUCUUCUACUGCCCUAUAGCAUAGUGAUGUAUGACCAUAAACAUGCUUUACGUGUCAAAGGUCCAAGCAUAUUUUCAGCAAAGAAGGGUUUCGUUUUCCAGAAGAUUUGCACAAUUUCAUGCUUGUUGGAUGGAUGGGACAUUAUUAUUUUAAACCAACUUUCAUUAUCAGAGAAUUGAUGUGGCUUUGUCCAACAUUUCACAGAGGCUACUCUCUGACAAUGCUCAGGGUAAUUGUUCUGUCUGAGAAUAUGAAAUUGAAAAGAUUGACAAUUUGUAAACUUCUGGGGAUCAUUCCUUCAGACGUAACGGAUUGA